CCAAUUUCCAAAACCCUCAAGAAACCUUUCCUCCACGUCUCUCUCUCUCUCUCACACACCUUCUGCAACAUCCACUUCGCUUCUGGGUUCUCAAAGUCAAAACCCUAAUCUGUUUCUACAUGGAAGACUAUACUCUCGUGGUGAGGAAGCCCUGCUUUGGCCUCCCUACUGCUUGCCCUUCAUGCUUGCCCCUCUACUUCUACCUCAAAUUCGCUAACCUCCCCUUUCAAUUGGACUAUAAUCUCACCUACCCUGAUUCUGAUAAAAUUCCGUAUGUUGAAUCUGGUGAGUACGUGGCCUAUAAUAAUGAGAAGGGUGGCGUGAUUGAGAGACUGAAAGAAGAUGGCAUUGUUGAUCUGGACACUGAAUUCCAAUCAGUCCCGGAAUGGAUAUCUAUGAAGGCCAUGGUUAGCUCCUGGCUUGCUGAUGCAAUCAAGUAUGAGCUCUGGGUGGGAACUGAUGGUACUUCUGCUCAAACUAUAUAUUGUUCUGACCUUCCAUGGCCAAUAGGAAAAAUUUUGUUCUUGAAGCAACUGUACAAUGUCAAGCAGCAACUUGGGAUUACUAAGGACAAUGCUGAAGAAAUAGAAGAACAGAUAUACAAGAGAGCCAGCAUUGCGUUUGGAGCUCUGUCUAGUAGAUUGGGGGAUCAAAUGUUUUUAUAUGAAAACAGGCCGUCAAGUUUGGAUGCUGUCUUUUUGAGCCAGGCACUUAUCACUCUUCAAGCGUUACCAGAAACAUCAAUUCUCCGGAGCAAGCUCUUAGAACAUGAGAACCUCGUUGGGUAUGCCAGUAGGGUUAAUAUGGAGUUUGUUGAUGCGAGUACUUCAUCUUCAGUCCCAAACUCCCAUGCAAAUCCUUCAUCAUCAGCUCCGAGAAGAGGUCCUUCAAACUGGCGUUCUAAGCCCAAGACCAAACCCAAAAGGGAAAAAACAAAGGAGGAGAAAGAUUUUAAGAGAAGGGCCAAAUAUUUUUUGAUAGCACAGCUGGUUUCGGUUGUACUUUUUGUCACUCUCAUGGGUCAAGUUGAUGGGGUUGAGGUUGAGCUUGAUGAUGAUGAUGAAGGCUUUGAUUACAAUGAAUAGAAAGAGUUAAUCAUUUUGUCUGAUUUGUAAUCUCUACACCAGCAUUUUUGGCCCAGUAGCAUGAGUUGUGAUGAGGAUGAGUUUUCCUGUAAUCCUGUUCUUUCAUUUUUGUAGUAUGACAAGGUUAGAAAUUUUGGAAAAUAAACACCAGUACGUUGUAUGAUUUAUUGGAACAUCAAGUUAGAAACUUAGAAUCGAGGGUUGGAAGAUAUACUUUUCACUCGUCAUAUUAUAACAUUUUAACUUUUGAAGCAGUGCU